UUUCAAAAUGUCUGCAGACGAAGACACUGAACUCCGUGAUUUAGUGGCCCAGACUCUUGAAGCCAAUGGAACAUUGGGAAAAAUAAGGGCACAACUAAGGGCCAGUGUCUUUGUUGCUCUUGAAGAACAAGACACUGUUCAGAACAAAACUCCCUUUAUUAAUCAGGAUUUAAAGAAGUUCCUGAACAGCAAAGAAGGUCGUUUGGCAACCAGUCUUGUUAGGGAGUUCUUGGAGUUUUUUGGUCUUGAUUUUUCAAUUGCAGUGUUUGACCCAGAGACUGGAUUUGCAGAAAAAUAUGAGGGGCGUGAUAAUAUAGCCAAAGAGUUGAAUAUACUGGAAUCAGACAGCUCCCUACGAACACCUUUGUUGUCAGAAGUACUUAAGAGACAAGGAGAAGAAAAACAAGGAAGACCAAAGUCAAGUCAUGAGAACUUUCAGGAUGACUCUCAAGACUACAUAAAGGUCCCAAAGGAUUUGUCCAAAAAGCAAAUAGAGGAAGCUCGCAAAAAAUUUGACAAGUAUGACCUUGAUGGAAGUGGCACAAUAGACAAAGAUGAAUUAAGAAAUCUAUUUGCUGAUGUGUUCCCACACUUUCACAGGAAUAUGCUGGAGAGAUAUGUGAAUGAUGAAUUCCAAGCAGUAGACAGAGACUUCAGCAAUGCUAUAGACUUUGAUGAGUUCUUAAGCAUGUACAAGCGUCUGUUUGUAUUAUGCAAGAGUGUGGUCUCCCAUGAUAUUUCUGACUUUGUGCCAACUUCACCGAGGCGGACUGUAGAUACCACAGUGGGUAGUAAAAUACCACAGCCUGCUAAAAAGGGUAAUAAUUUAGUUAAUGGGAGCAAUCAGCCUUCAAACAAAACUGGGUCACAGCAGCAACAAGAACAGAAAAAGGAACAUAAACUCAGCACCAGUUCAUUGGGCAGCGAUCAUGAUGAUGAUGCCUUUUUUGAUGAUCCAUUGCCAAAGUCUGACAAAUCUUAUGGAAGAAAAACAAAAAAGGUCUCACCCCUGGGCUCCGGGAAACCCUCCCAGAUCCCCAUAUUAUCCCCUGACAGGAGUAAUGCCAGCAAAGAAAAAUCCAGUAAAGAUAACAGUGCCUCCAGCAGCAGUAUUUCACAACAACUAAAUAGCAGCAGUAAAAUGAACAAGUCUGGGGUCCAGCAGACCAAUGGAGGCAGUGGGAUGAGCUCCCUACAAGGCAUGCCACCCCUAGGAGGAAGUAUGCUAGGUUCCCUGAAAGAUGUGCCACCUUUACCUGGUGUAACAAAGGAAAAACCAGAUUUAAAUGCAACAGCAGAUCUUGAAAAAGACCUUAGAGCAAUAGAUAAAAGGAUUGCUGACCUUGGAUUUGAAUUGCCAGAUGAUGACGAUUAUGAAGAUGAUUUUCAAAGUGAGAGAAGUGAUGGAAAAAGUAAUUCUCAGAGCGCCAGGAGUAACAGGUCUGAUAAGCAGGACAGAUCUGAGAAGAGUCAGAGUAUAGCAGAAGAAAUAGAUGAGGAGAUUGAUGAAGAGGACUUUUCAGGGGCAGAUGAUAUUUUAAAAAGCAGUGGGAUGGAUGACUUGACAACUGACAGAACAAUUUCCCAGCAAGACAUGCAUGGAGACCUGGAUUAUAUGGAGGAUGUGCUAACACCAUAACUGUCUUGCAUUAUUCCAUGUGUACCUCCUGAUAGCACCAUGGUUAGCACAUGUUUGUCAUGCUUUGUUUGUACUAAAUGGUUAGCCAUGUGUAAGAUAUUUGACAGUGGUCUUGCCAAAGAGAACUGGAGGGACAUUAUUUGCAUGAAGAAAAAUGCAAAGAAGUUUCCCUGGCAUCGUCGGGAAUUUUUCAGCUCUAAACAAUUUCGUUGUUGGGAUCCAAGCUCAGAAAUACCAUUUGUAAGAAUGUCCUUUUAUGAGCAUUUAUGAUUAAGUUGGCUAAGCCCUGUGAAAGAUAUCACAUUUUUCUUCUUUUUGACUUGGAUUUCAAUUUUAAUGCUUGAAAAGGAUAGAACAUGCCAUGAGACAUACAUACAGGUUACGUAAUAUAUAUAUAUAUAUAUAUAUAAUUCAUCAUAAAAAUUUAUCAAUACCUGUAGGUGUGGAACUCAAGUCGAUUUUAGAAUUUUAUUUUAAGAUUAUUCAAAUUGAUACUCAUUGCUUUAAUGAAGGUAUUAAAGUGAAAUGUUUUGUUUUUUUUUUUUUUUUUGUACAGUGUGAGUCGUUUAUAUAGACAUAAUAAAUAUCGGCUCUCUGCUGACUUAUCCUUUUAGAUUGCAGCAUUCCAAUCAUCAUGUUAUCAUUUGUAAAAAAAUACUCAUUGAUCAUUGUGAAAUCAGGACCCUUAGUUUGCCAAACAGGACUAUUCCUACUGAAGGUAUUGGAGGUGUAAUUACAGUGACUGGAAGUCUGAUAUUAUUCUCACAGCAAAUAUUGUAUAUAUUUGUAAGGAAAUUAAUUAAAUACAUAUAAAACUGGUGUUAUUUCUAAUUAUGAAAUAUACUUUUGCAGUGAUGAAUAUGAAAAAAUUGUUUUUCUUUAAAGGAAUGACUUUUUACAGUUGACACAUUGUAUUAUCAAAUUAUUUCAGAGGUUUGCGUCUUUAAUUUUCACCCAGUUUUAUAAAGUGUUUACACCUUUUGUAUGACGCUAAAUUUUGCCCUGGCUUUCAUAUUGUAGAAAGUAUGCUGAAGUUUUGAAAUACAAAUGUUUGUGCAGUUGUGAUGUCAGUUCUCAUUGUGAUUCCGCUGGAGUUUGUUGAAAAAAGUUUUUACAUCAGGAAAUAGAAGAUAUAAACAACUUUUUGCUUUAUCUUUCAUGACUGUUGUAAACUGUUUUGUGGAUAUCGUUCGUUAAUAAUGUUUAUCGGAUAAUACUUUUUCUCAGAUAAUCCGUUAAAAUUUUAAAUCUUUGUCAGAGAAUUUCUUGACGUUUUGAUAUCUGAAGGUUGACUCCGCAAUAUUAUUUGCUACCUCCAAUAAUUAUAUUUGGAAAUCAAACCAAUAUUUUUCUUAUAU